AUGCCCUCCACCGGGUUCCAGGAGAAGGGACCGUACAGCGAUGGGACGGCACGGCCUGUUGAGUCCCGCUCGGACUCGUCUUGGGUGCAAUACCUCCGGCGUCCGCUGCAGCGAUUCGAAAGCACCCACAGCGUCCCCCGCCCCGGGGGGCCGAAACCGUUUCGCAUCCCUAGCCGUGUUAAGGAGCGCAAGUACUGCAUCACCGACGAGUUGACGGAGCUCACCAGCACCUUCAACGAGAUGUCGGAUGAGCUGGCGAUCCAGUACAACCGGCUGGAGGAGCGAGUGGCAGAACGAACACGCGAACUCGAAAAGGCCAAAUCCGCCGCGGAGGCGGCCAAUGAGAGCAAGACCCUGUUCAUCGCGAAUAUCUCCCACGAACUGAAGACGCCGCUGAAUGGCAUUCUUGGUAUGUGCGCCGUGUGCAUGGGCGAGGAUAAUGUGGAAAGUAUCAAGAAGUCCCUCCAGGUGGUUUACAAAUCGGGUGAUCUGCUCCUGCAUCUGUUGAACGAUCUGUUGACCUUCAGUAAAAACCAAAUCGAGCAGGCGAUUCAGCUAGAAGAGAAAGAAUUCAAAAUCUCCGACAUCCGGUCGCAGCUUCUCUUUCUGUUCCAGAACCAGGUGAACGAGAAGAACAUCGAUUUUAGCGUCAGAUUCGUACCGGGACCAAGCCUACGACACCACUCCAGUCUCUGCCGAGAUGGAGGCACUAAUGGCGAGCCCUCGGUCCUGGACCCGGCGAGGACCAGCCGAGUCAGAAACAUGGUUCUCUUCGGGGAUCAACAUCGCAUUCUGCAGAUCCUGAUCAACCUCGUGAGCAACAGUCUCAAGUUCACCCCGGAGAAUGGGAAGGUGGAGGUCCGUAUCGGAUGCGUUGAGGAAACCACCUCAAGGCCGGAGGGAUUCGUAGUUCUCGGCAGAGAUGAGGAUCAUGAUACGAGUCAAGUACCCAAUGCAUCAUUCCCAGGAAACGCCGACCCUGCACCGGACUCAGAGCAGGGUUCGCAGCCACCCGCAUUGCCGACAUCCCAGACAUUCAUAUUCCAGUUCGAGGUCGAGGAUAACGGACCAGGAAUUCCGAAACCGCUGCAGCGACGCGUCUUUGACCCCUUCGUACAGGGAGACCUGGGCCUGAAUCGAAAAUACGGUGGUACUGGUCUGGGUCUGAGUAUCUGCGCGCAGCUAAGCCGACUCAUGGGUGGCCUCAUCCUCCUCAAUAGCGAGGAAGGAAAGGGGGCACUGUUUACCGUAAAAUUGCCACUGCUUUUCAUCAAGGAAGCGGCACCCAGCACCCACAGCUCCAGUAUGCACGGAUCGCGGACUCCAAGUGUUUUAUCUCUCGAGGAAUUUUCCAGCAUUGCUCGCACAUCCUCGGACCAUGAAUCCAUGCAGGGCGAACCUCGUGUUAGCAAGGACAUGCAGCCACGACUCGUUGGACUGAGUCAGCCGUUUUUUGCAACAGGAACUCCGGAGAGUUCCUCGCCUCCGGUAACGGCAAAAUCAUCCGAUGGACUCCAGCAGGUAAAGGGGGGAAAGAGGGUCCGCGUCUUGGUCGCGGAGGAUAAUAAAGUAAAUCAGCAGGUCGUCCUUCGUAUGCUUGCUUUGGAAGAUGUAUACGAUGUCACCGUGGUGAAGGAUGGACAAGAGGCCUAUGACACAGUUCGGGCUAAUAUGGAAGAGGGCAAAGCGUUCGACUUGAUCUUCAUGGACAUUCAGGUUUGCAUCCAGGUUUCAUCUCUGGCAUAUACGACCAGCAAGCUAAUCAGUUUAGAUGCCAAACCUUGA